UAUAAAACAAAGGGUUGGGGGUGAUGCUCAGUCUUACUCACAGACAGACUCUUCUUUUAUUAUUGGGUGUUAUCUUUGUUUUUGGUUGAUGUUUAUUAAAAAUAAAAGAGAGUUUUCUAUCUUCAAAUUUGUUGGUAAUCAUGUAUCCAUGCUAGGUUUCAGUGUUCAAGCUUUGCACUGACGUGAUGAUGGGACCUCGACACAUGUAUGAGAGAAGUAAAAUAGAGGGUGGGCUGGAGAGCGUUGUGCCAAGGGGCAUAAUGUGUGUUUAUGGGAGAAGUAGAAGUUCUACUAGAAGUAAGGUGGAAAUAGUAGUGACUAGUGAGAGAGUGUAAGUACAAUGAUGUACAAGUAACAGCAAGGUAUUGGAGAGGAGACUUUUGCAAUGAUGGGACUCUACGCUAUAAGAAAUAACGUUGCGCCCUCACUAACACCAAUUGGUUUUGGCGUAGUGGUAAGCGCGUGAUCCUACAAGUGGUAUCAGAGCCAGGUCCCGUGUUCGAAUCCCACGGAAGGCAUGCUGUGCAGCUAGUUUGGCUGGCAGGUGCUGGGGCGGGGAUUGUUGGCAGUGCAGUGCAGAACUGUGUAGUUCACUCCUCCAUGACUGGCAUGCAUCCACAUAAAUUCAAUUCCAUUUUCCUUCACACUUCACUGUAUAAAUAAGUAUUCAGGUGACAACUUUCAAGCUUGGAACGCGCUCUGCUUGCUUCUAUGGCGAGGCUGUUUCGGAACACUAUCCUUCUCAGUCGCUCCCUGUUCGUCCCUCAGGGCUUUAAACUAGGAAUAUGUGGCACUUCACAGGCUUUGAGCUUUUCAUCUAAAGGUAGAAGGCGCUCUAAAUCUGAUGGAAGUGACUCAGGUGAAGAGAACAUGUCUAAGAAAGACUUGGCCCUUCAACAAGCUCUUGAUCAGAUUACUUCCGCAUUUGGAAAAGGAUCUAUUAUGUGGCUUGGUCGCUCUGUCUCACCAAAAAAUGUACCUGUUGUGCCUACUGGUUCUUUUGCUCUAGAUUUAGCACUAGGAAUUGGUGGCCUUCCAAAGGGACGUGUUGUGGAAAUAUAUGGUCCAGAGGCUUCUGGAAAAACUACUCUUGCUUUGCAUGUGAUUGCGGAGGCACAGAAGCAAGGAGGCUAUUGUGCCUUUGUUGAUGCUGAGCAUGCCCUAGAUAGGACACUUGCAGAGUCUAUUGGUGUGAAUACCAACAACUUGCUUCUCUCACAACCAGAUUGUGGUGAACAAGCUCUUAGUCUUGUGGAUACCUUAAUCCGUAGUGGUUCAGUUGAUGUAAUUGUUGUUGACAGUGUGGCUGCUCUUGUUCCUAAAGGUGAGCUUGAUGGUGAGAUGGGUGAUGCUCACAUGGCAAUGCAGGCUAGGUUGAUGAGUCAGGCACUUCGAAAAUUGAGCCACUCUUUGUCGCUUUCUCAAAGUAUAUUGAUUUUCAUAAACCAGGUGACGUCUAAGAUUUCUACUUUUGGGGGAUUUGGUGGGCCUACUGAAGUUACUUGUGGUGGUAAUGCCUUGAAAUUCUAUGCUUCUGUGCGACUUAAUAUCAAGAGAAUAGGAUUUGUCAAGAAAGGCGAAGAGAUUAUAGGAAGCCAGGUUGUUGUCAAGGUUGUGAAGAACAAGCUUGCACCUCCAUUUAAAACUGCUGAGUUUGAGCUUCAAUUUGACAUGGUAUCAGAGCCUUUAUGACCGAGAGGUCUAGAGUUCGAUCCUCGCUCCCCUCACUUUCUAAUUAAAAAGUGGAAUUUAAUUAAGCACUUGGUAGGUGGGCCUGUGCAUUUGUCCACGCUUCAAGCCCAAAGGGCUCUUGCGUGAGGGGGCGUGUUAGAAUAUAAUAUAAAACCAUUAAAGUUGCCCUUACCCAACAGCUUAAGCUUUUGGGAUUAAGUGGUUAUUUGACAAUGGGAGUGAAAAGGAAAUGUAAGGAAGGGGUAGGACAUAGUGGAGAGGAUAGCGUAACUUUGGAGAAUGUUUUGAUGGCUUUGGCUAUGGAGGUUCGAGUUUGUGUACCAGCUUUGGUUGUAUUCUCUUUUGCUGCAUUUCUUCUACUCUGUAUUCAUGUUAAGCAGUGCCUUUUUUCUCCCAUCUGAAGGAGAUUACAAGCCAAAGGCUUUGGUUCUUGUUGUUGGUAAAGUACAGGAGCUUUCCUCCCUGAGUUCUGUCAUAUUUUCUCCAUUAAUACCAGUUCCUGUAACUGUAUCAUAUGCCAUAUAAACAAUAAACUUAAUUCUUCAGAGCUUUGACUAUUUCUUUCAAUCUGAUUCUUCCUUAGUCCAUUUUCAUUUAAAGCUAUUAGAAAUUUUGGGAAAAGAGGAGAAUGAUAGAAAAGUGAAGCUAAAAUUUUAAAGUAUGAUAGUGUGUGUCGCAGCUCUAUAGCUGAGCUGCAGGUGCAUCUUAGUUAAUUAGCCUAACUGACUCUAAGCGGUUAAAGAACUAUUGGGUUCUAUUAGGAUUCUGUUUGAUGCAAAGUGUUGAGCAAGUCAUAUUAUACAAGUAAUGAUGCAAUUUUCAGAACAUGUAACAUAUUCAUAAGGCGAAUUACUGACAAUUUUCAGAUUUAUUUUCUUAAUUUUUAUUGGUCCUAGAUUUUUAGCAUAUUCUUCAGAGCUUUUCACUGGUCCUAUUUGAAUAUUAGUCCAGUGUGUACCUGAGCACAUGAUAAAACCCAGUUGUAAUUAGUUAGUCAGUUAGAAUUAAGAGUUAGUUAAGUUUGUUUCAGUUCAUGAUGAGCUUAUAUGUAUGAGUCAUGAUGUAAUCUAUCCAUUCAAGCAAUACAAUAUCAAUUGCUCAGAUUCGUUCUCUCUCUCUCUCUCACACACACACACACACACACAAUAUCUCUCUACUUCUGUUAGGUUCUUAGCCAUGGCUUCCAUAUAGAUUCCUGUGCCUCCUCCUCCCUUGUCGCCUCCGGCAAGACUCACACUUACCAAUUUGCAGGCACUGCUCUCCACUUCCUCUUCACUGGCCUUCGUAGUUUCUUCCACUAUAGUUGCCUUUUCGCACUGAAAUGUUGGAUGACGUGAACUUUCUCUUUUAGAAGAGCAAGUGGAGCUCAUCAUCAAAGGUCAUACCAUAUUCCUUACCCAGGAAGAUCAUGACCUGAGCAAGUUGCUUCUUUCUUGGAUGCAGUGUUCAUUAUCAAGUUCGAUUAACCAAAGUCAUUUGAUGUACAUAUCAGAUUCAGUGUUCUGUAACCCAAGAAAAGAAAAGAAAAUCAUAUCUAGGUAUCAAUGUGGAGAUUAUAUCUUCAUCUUCUUGUAUAUAAGGGAUGAAAACAGGUCGGGUCGGGGUCGGGUUUUGCUUCUGCAAUCUACUGAAAAGAGUUUUGAAUCAUGCAAAUAAAAGAGACUGUACGUUGAUUAGCAACGUAAUAAAAUUGGUGAGCUCAUGGAAGCUAGUUUAACUGAAUGUAUUUUGUAUAUCUAUAACAUUAGAGACUUGUAUAUAGAAAUUUCUAUACUAGUUAUUAUGAGUCGAAGAUUGUUAUAUUUGCUGAUUUAUUUUAGAGAUAAUCAAUCCUGUUGGUGUAAGACAAAUAUUUUUGGUUGAUAUAAGGCUGGACUAAACAUUUAGUACUUAAAUCUGGAAGGUCAAAUUAAAAUUUUAAGUGUCCUUAUGUGCAUUCGAAUUUUCUUUUGAAAUACAUGACCAUUUAAACAUACAAGAUUUUGUAAUAAUAUACUUCUUUGUAGACAUAUAAAUUUGGGCUUGUGACGAACUUUGUGUUUAAUGGCUGAACUGUUGAAUGUUAUUUGCUUCUUUUUUCUUUUUACUUCUUUGUUUUCUGAGGUGAGCAGGAUGACUUGCCAUGUUAUUUACUUAUUAGGCAUUGUCAGUCAGUUCU